AUGCCCGUGGGGCUUGCCGAGAUCGAGCGCGCCGGCCUCGGGCUCGAGGAGGUGCCCGGCGAGGGCCGCUGCCUGGUGGCGGGGCGCGCCUUCGCGGCGGGGGACGUGCUGCUGGUGGAGCGCCCGCUGGUGAGGGACAACGCCAGGCAGGCCGCGCAGGAGGUGGCGCGCGCUCCGCAGCGCUUCGACCUGCUGCGGGGCGAGCAGAACCUGGCCGCCGCCUCCCUUUCGCCCGAGGCGCUGGCGGCGCAGCCCUUCCUGGCAGAAGUGGAGACCAACUCCUUCACCUUCGGGGGCAAGUGCGCGGUGUUCAAUGCCCUGGCAAUGCUGAACCACGCAUGCGCCACCAGCCUGGAGGAGAAGGCGUGCUUCUCUAUCCUCGGUACUGGCGAGCAGCCAGUUGACGAUCGACUUGAGGUGAAGCUUGUUGCCACCAGGGACCUGGCGACGGGGGACCCAAUCCUAUUUCGGCGGCGGUCGUUCGCAUCUCCUACCACGAGCUCUUCGCGGAACCUCGCGCGCGCUCGGAGCGCAUAG